AUGUAAACAUCAGAUAAUGCAAAAGCUUCACGUAAAGGGUUAGGAUUGCUCCUUAAUCAGCAUCAUCGUCAACACUUUUCAGAAGACUUUCAAAGACCACAACAAUUAGGAACUCCGAGGUCUUAUAUGCAAGCCUUGCCUAAGAUGAGUACUCAAUUCAACUCAGUGAGUACUACAAACUCAAACACUAGGAAAUUGAUAAGUGCGGAGAGACCCACAAUCACCAUUGCUGAAGAGCAGGAUUCAUAUGGUUAUAGAUAACAAGACCAAGUGGAUGAAGAACUCUUACGAAUUCGUGAAAUGCAUGAAAUUCUCAAAUCUAGAUGCAGCACUUUGGAUCUAUUGAUCUCAGUAAUUGGUGGCAAAGAGUUUGUCCACAACAUAAAAAAUCAAACUACUUUAUAGAAGAUUUAAGAAUUGUUAAAGAGCAUUUCUUAAACAUUAUAACAAUCUGCAAAGACUGAAAUUGAAUUAGGAUUCAAGAUGAGGGAAAUAGAGAGGAAGAAUAUUAAGUAUUCAUCAUUAUAAAUGAAGUAACUGAAAUUAUCAGAUAAAAAUCAAUCUCUUCAAAGUGUGAUUGAUGUACAUAGUUAGAAGACAAAUAAAUUAUUGGAUGAGAAUUCCAAAUUAUAGAAACAACUAAAACAAGAAAGGAAAUUAAAUGCAUCCAAUUCUAAAAAAAUUACAGCCUUAGAAAAAAGAAUCGAGUUUCUAUUAGAAAAUGAUGUUAAUUCUGCCUUGAAUCCAAAUGACAAAUUGAGAAGCAGUCUCAAUGAAUUGCUUAAAGAGAAUGAACUUAUAAAAAGAGAGUUCGAACACAAGAAGUAAGAAUUAGAACGAGUCCAAGGAAAACUUAGUUAAUACACAUAACUGGUUAAUCGACUAUAAAAGACAAUCGAUAAUAUGAGGAAGAAAAAUUAGGAUGAUAUGGGCAAAGAUGAAAAAUCGGUGUUUAGAAAAGAUGACAUCGAUUUAUUAGUUAAUUUUAGAAUACCUUAAACUUUGGAUUUCAGAGUAGUUAGUUAAAGAUUAAACAAUUAACAUUUGUUAAAUGAUCUCACCGAUAAAGGUGUGUUGGCUACUUGUCAACACAAUUUUACACUCCCUGUAGAAUCCCAAAAAGAACAAUUCUAAAUCAUAGCCUAACAAUUGUUAUCCUAUAAAGAAUUUGCUGAAAAGAUGAACCAGUUUUUCUUUUAUAUGGAACAAUUUAGUAAAUGCAUCCUAUUUGAAGAUGUAAAACAUAUUUAUUAAUUGUAGAUUAUCCACUAGGUUAAUAGAGUAUUGCCUCAAGUAUUUGGAUGCGAAUAGGUAAGAUUAUGGUUAAUUGACGGAAUGAAUGGAACCAUAUUUACCUAUUUAGAAACAGGCAAUCAAAUUAGAGCUUUAUAACAUAAGGGUCAAGUGGCUGAUGUCUUUAAAUUGAGAUCUGCCUAAAACAUCUCUUAAGCAUCUUAGAAACCAUUGUUGUAUAGAAUAAAUGAAUCGGAAUAACCUGACUAUGCUAGAAAUGCUUUAUUGCUGCCUUUGUUUUGUGAAACCAAUGAUGCUAUCAGAGGUGUUUUGGAAGUAACCAAUACUGAGAACGAAUUCUUUUCAUUUGAUGAAGAAUACUUUGGCAUUUUGGCAUCUCACUAACUUGGCCAUUUGUUAUAAAGAUUAAUUGAUAAUUAAUCAUGGAUAAUUACAUAGAAAUAUAGAGGAAUGAUGAUGGAUGGAUUUACCAAUCUUAUGAAGAGUCAAAGCAAACAAGAGUUUUCCUCUAAAGUGUAGAUGAGUCUUAGUUCAAUAUUUGGAUUCUCUUAAGUCUUAUUUUACUUUUUUGAAGAUAAUCAACUUGUUGAUUACAGUGGUCAAGAUGCUAAGAAAUAUGAUGUUUAAUAUGGAUUGGCUGGGAUGGUUGCUCAUACAAAACAGAAAUUGAUUAUAAAUGAUGUAAAAAACUCAAUUCAUUUCAAUCAAGCUGUAGACAUUAAGUCUAUUUUACCAAUAUUCGCCCAACCGUUAUUAGACAAAAAUAAUAAUACAGUCGCUGUGAUUGAAACUUGUUUAAAAUGUAAAUUAAAAGUAUAGGUUGAAAAGGAUCAGUUAUUAUCUCCAAGUGAAGGAGUCUUAGGAAUGGAAGAACCAUUAACUAAACAGCUUGCACAUUUUGUUGAUAUAAUAGUGGCUGCCUUGUGUAAUAUAAGAUUCUGA